AUGGAAAAGUGCAAACAGGUCUUCCACGAAGUCUUUCUGUCUACAGCCCCAGUCAAGCACUAUCCCAAGAAGGAGUGCAAUACCAAUGCCAAGGAACGAGGCUGGACCCAGAAGAAGAUCAUCAUUGGAUGGAUCUUCGUCUACCUGUAUUCCUCAUCCAAAACCAUUGCUCAACAUCUCUAUCCUUCUCUGGCCCCUUUCGCUACCUCUCAUUUCAGUGGUUUGGCUCUUCUGUCGUCUCAGUCUGUCGUGGAGUCAGCUGUUUUCGUUGUCACCCGUCCAGCCGCUGCCAAGAUUGCUGACCAUCUAGGUCGACUAGAGGGAUGGUGUGUUGUCAUUAUCGCCCACGCUCUGGGCUCCAUUCUGUAUGCUGCUGCUCCUAACAUUGGAUGCUACUUUGCAGGAACUGUCUUCUGGGAAAUCGGAAUCGUCAGUGGACAUCUCAUGAUGGAACUAUACGCUAGUGACACUUCCACCACCGACACCCGAGUUCUGUGGUCCAGUUUCAUCCAGACCCCAAGUAUCUGGGCACCUUGGAUUUCCGCUCCUGUCUUGGCGGGCUUCCUCAAAGUGACCACCUGGAGAUGGGGCUAUGGAGCAUUUGCUAUCAUUCUACCUGUCUGCUCCAUCGGUACAGUCAUCAUGAUGGCAUACAUGCGAAUCAGAUAUGAGCGAAAGGCUGGCGGUCUGGGUGACUUCUAUUCUCCUGGAGGACCCUUGCGAUUCAUCAAGAGUUUUGAUGUUGUCGGACUCGUCACUCUGUGUGCAGGUCUCAUUCUGUUCUUCCUCCCCAUUACUCUUGCUGCUGGUUCUGAAAGAUGGAAGCUUCAUUCCUACAUUGCCAUGCUCACUAUCGGUUCCUUCCUAAUUGUCUUUUUCACCGUCUGGGAAUACUUCCCUAAGGCCCCUUUCAUGCCCUGGAGACUAUUCAAGAGUCGAGUUAUGUGCUGUUCCGCUGCCCUGGUUUUCCUCAUGUCGCUCGCAAACAAGCUCUACGUCCCCUACUUCAUCACCUGGCUUAUGGUUGUCAAGGGUCAGAGUCCUAAGGCUGCUACCAACGUUUCAAGUGUGCUGGUUGUCUCCUCUAACGUCUUUGGAAUGUUCUUUGCUGCUCCUUACAUGUGGUGGAGUGGUCGACCUAAGCGAGUUCUUGUGUUUGGAUGCUGUUUCCAUCUCAUCGGAAUUGGCCUUACAUACCACUACCGACAGCCUUCGUCUGGUCUAGCAAUCAUGAUUGUUGCUCAGUGCUUUGAGGGUGUGGGACGAGGCUGCAUUUACAUUCCUGCUGCUACCAUGGCCCAGGCCAUGUUUGACAAACAUAAGGUCGCUGCUGUGACUGCUCUAUACUUUUCUUCCGGAGGUAUCGGACAGGUUAUUGGAGACGCCAUCUGUGGCGCCAUAUACCGGGAGCUGUACCCUCGAUACAUCCACAAGUAUGCCCCCGACAUUCCCCACAAGGAUCUGAACCUCAUCAUCAACAAGAUCAAGAAGGCCACCAAGUUCCCCAUGGGUUCGCUGGUCCGAACCGAGAUUAACCAUGCCUUCAACGAGACCAUGAGACACAUGCUGGUUGGACCCUUUGCCUGUGUGGGAGCCAUGGUCAUUGUCAGUCUCAUGUAUCCUUCCAUUGACCUCAAGAGCGCUGCCAGAGAUGGCGAAGUGGAAGGAGAGGACCAAAUGGAUGAGGACGAUCCCAUGGCCAUUCAUGGCGUUCCCGAGGGAAGCGGAAGUGAAAGUGAACACGAUCAAGAGGAGCAGUUUGGCGAGAAGGACUCCAGAGAAGACACCGGCUCUGAGUCUGAGCAUGCUAACGAGAAGAUGUCUGCUGAACGAGCUGCUGCUGGUUACAUUAACGAUAACGUGAUGGUUUAA